AUGGUGCCGCCAGGAGGUCGUCAGGGUGGGAGUGGUGAGGAUGGUAUUGAUGAUAAAGAUGCCAAACAUUUAUUGGAUAGCAUAGGGAAAAUAGUGCAUGAGCAAGUGAAAAAUGAUGCUAAAACAUAUAAAGGUGAAUUGGAAGGAAAGUUGUCACUAGCAACUACUAUUGGGGAAUUAAAUUACACCAAAGAUCCAUGCAUAUUUGAUUAUAGUAAACUUAUUAAUGGUAGUGGUAGUGGUGGUGUUACUGCUCGCGAUGAUCCGUGCGGAAAUGGAAGUGGAAAAGGAGAAGAUGUAAGCCGUUUUUCCGAUAAAGAAGGAGCACAAUGUGCUAAUAGUAAAAUACAUGGUAAUAGUAAAGGUAGUAAUGGUGGAGCCUGUGCUCCACUCAGACGAUUACAUUUAUGUAACAAAAAUAUGGAAAAAAUAGCAACGUCGACGGCUAAGCAUGAUUUAUUGGUAGAUGUGUGUAUGGCAGCAAAUUACGAGGCACAGUCAUUAAUACGUGAUCAUCCACAACAUAAAAGAACUAAUCCUGAUUCUAAAAUAUGUACUGAGUUGGCACGAAGUUUUGCAGAUAUAGGUGAUAUCGUUAGAGGAAGAGAUCUAUAUAGAGGUAAUAAGAAAGAAAACAAACAAAGAGAAAAAUUAGAAGAAAAUUUGAGAAAAAUUUUCGAGAAUAUAUAUGAAGGAUUGUCGAACAAUGGUGUAAAAGCUCGCUACGAAGGUGAUAAAGAAAAUUUUUAUCAAUUACGAGAAGAUUGGUGGGCUCUUAAUAGAGACCAAGUAUGGAAAGCAUUAACAUGUAGCGACGACCUAAAAGAUGCUUCAUAUUUUCGACCAACGUGCAGUGAUCGUAAAGGAAGUUGUUCUCAAGCUAAGGAUAACUGCCGGUGUGACGGCUCAAAUACCGACCAGGUCCCCACAUAUUUUGACUAUGUGCCACAGUUUCUUCGCUGGUUCGAGGAAUGGGCAGAAGACUUUUGUAGAAAAAAAAAAAAAAAACUAGAAAAGUUGGAACAACAAUGUCGUGGUGUCUACGAGGGUAAGGAACGAUAUUGUAGCCGUAAUGGAUUUGAUUGUGAAAAAACAGUUAACGCACGAGGUAAAGUACGUAUGGGUAAGGGUUGCACUGACUGUUUUUUUGCAUGUAAUCCUUACAUUGAUUGGAUAGAAAAACAAAAAGAACAAUUUGACAAACAAAAACAAAAAUAUGAUGAAGAAAUAAAAAAAUAUACAAAGGUAGCAUCAAGUAGUAGUGGUGGUAGGGCAAAACGAGCUGCACGUGGUGGUAGUAAUGUUAAUGGGUAUGAAAAAAUUUUUUAUAAGAAACUGAAAGAUAGUGGCUAUGAAUCCGUUGGUGAAUUUUUGGAUUUAUUAAGUAAAGAAGAAGUAUGCAAAAAUUUUAAAGAAAAAGAAGAAGGAAAAAUUGAUUUCAAAACCGUUAAAAGUAGUAGUGCUAAAAAUAGUGAUGAUAGUAAUAAAACAUUUUGUCGUACAAAAUAUUGCCAACCCUGUCCUCUAUGUGGAAUGAAAAAGAAUAAUAAUGGUGAAUGGGAACACAAAAAAAAGGGUAAAUGCACGAGUGGAAACCUUUAUAGGCCUAUAGAUGGCGCAAUACAUACUGAUAUUAAUUUCCUGUAUAGUGGUGAUCGACAUGAUGAUAUUGAAAAAAAAUUAAAUAGGUUUUGCGAUGAAACAAAUGGUGAUACAAUAAAUAGUGUUGCUGGUGUUAGUGGUACCGGUGUUGUUGCUGGUAGUAAUAGUCGUAGUAAGGAACUGUAUCAAGAAUGGAAAUGUUAUAAAGGUAAAGAUGUAGAGAAAGUUAAAGAUGGUAAGGAUGAAGAUGACGAAGACUAUGAAGACGAUUAUCACAAAGAGGUAGAAAAUGCAGGCGGAUUAUGUAUAUUGGAAAAUAACGACGGCAAAGAAAAAGUGAACAAACAAAAGACAUACAAUGAUUUUUUUUACUAUUGGGUUGCACAUAUGUUGAAAGAUUCCAUACAUUGGAAAAAAAAACUUGAGAAAUGUUUAAAAAAUGGUACGAAAACAAGAUGUAAAAACAAUAAAUGUAAUAGAGAAUGUGGUUGUUUUCAAAAAUGGGUUGAACAAAAAAAAAAAAAAGAAUGGGGGAAAAUAAUAGAGCAUUUUUACAAGCAAGAAGGUAUUCCACCAGGAACGCAUGAUAUAACUCUUGAAGGUGUUUUGAAGAAAGAGGUACUUUUGACAAGUCUUCAAGAGGGUUAUGGGAAUGCAGAGGACAUAGAACACAUUAAGCAACUGUUGGAAGAGGAAGAAAAUGAAGAAAAUGAAGGAACACCUGGUGCCGACAAUAAAAAUAAGAAUACAAUUGAUAAAUUGCUCGACCACGAAGAAGGAAUUGCCAAAGAAUGCCAACAAAAACAGAAUGAAUGCCCCAAAAAACCACCAAAAAAAACACCCGGAGGUCCCGAUCGCGCCCUAAAACCAGAGGAAGUCGACGCCUCCUCAGAAGACCACUACGACGAAGAAGGCGGCGAAGACGAAGAAGAAGAGGAGGACAAGGAGGAGGAAGGUGAAGAUGGUGAAGACGUCCAGGACGACGUAGCCGAGGAGGACACGGCAAAGGAGGAGGGGUCGUCAACCACAGAGACACAACUACCAGACGCUUGCAAUAUAGUAAAAACACUAUUUGAGAGCACCAAAAAUUUUGAAGAUGCCUGUCGCCAAAAAUAUGGCCCAAAGGCACCCACAAGUUGGAAAUGUGUUCCUACCACUGGUGAUAAGGACGGUGCCACUGGCAAAAGUGAUGGUAGUAUUUGUGUGCCACCCAGGAGACGACGAUUAUACAUACAUAAAGUGGACGACAACGUGAAGGACGACGCGUCAUUACGUAAGUGGUUUAUCGAGAGUUCUGCUGUAGAAACUUUUUUUUUGUGGCAUGAAUACAAAAUGGAGAAAAAAAGAGAGGAUAUAGAAAAACAGAAAGCAAAUGAAAAAGUUGUAGAUACAUCAAAUGUUGGAGAAGAACUUCAAAAUGAUUUAGAAGGAAAUGGUACUAUCCCCGAAGAGUUUAAACGUCAAAUGUUCUAUACAUUAGGAGAUUAUAAAGACAUAUUUGAGGGGAAGAGUAUAGAGGUUGGUGACGAGAAGGACAAGCAGAAAAUGAAAGAAAUAGAAAAGAAAAUACAAGCACAUAUAAAUAGUGGUUCCUCAUCUCCUCCUCAUGGAACACCUGGUCAACCAAAUAGUGUCACAACCCCCCAACAAACCUGGUGGAGUAGAAACGCCCCUUCCAUCUGGAAAGGAAUGAUUUGUGCACUAACAUAUAAAGAAGAUGGCGAAAAAUCAACAGACGACAAAACAACAUUAAAGAGGAAUGAUGAUGUCUACGAGAAAAUUUUCGGGAAACCCCCCAAUAACGACAACCCCCAAAACCCCAACAACGGCACAUUCCACAAAAAAUACCAUUACGAUAGUGUCAGACUUAAAGAUGAUGAUGAUCAAAGUGGUGACAAACUCCAAAGCACCUCAGCCCCUAGUGAUACACCCACCCUCAACAACCCCAAAUUGAGUGAUUUCGUGUUACGCCCCACCUACUUCCGAUACCUUGAAGAAUGGGGAGAGAGUUUCUGUGGUACGCGGAAGAGGAUGUUGGAACAACUUGAAAAAGUAUGUCGUAGUGGUGAGACAGGUAAAGAACAUUGUAGUGGGGAUGGACAUGUUUGUGAAAAAGACUAUCUUAACCAUAAUAAUAUGUUUGCAGAUUCAUAUUGUCCUGAUUGUAAGAAAGCAUGUAGAAAAUAUAAAAAAUGGAUAGAAAAAAAAUUAGAAGAAUUUCAAAAACAAAAAGAUAAAUAUAAAGGGGAACUUGAUAAAUUAACAAAAGAUAAAUCUGGUGGUGAUAAGAAAUUUUGUGAAGAAAUAAAAAAUCAUUCGUCUGCUGCAAAUUUUUUGAAAGAAUUGAAACAUGGCAAAGAUAAUCAAGGUAAUAGUGAUCAAGAUAAUAAACUAGAUUUUGAGAACAUUCCUCAGACAUUUUCUCGUUCAACGUAUUGUAAAACAUGUCCUCCCAAUAAAGUUAAUUGUAGUAGUGGUAGUAAAAGUCGUACAAGUGGUGGUACAAAUAGAUGUACAGAAGUUAAAAAAAAUGGAGAGACGUGGGAAAAGGUUUUUGAUAAAAUAGCUAAAAACAAUGGAAAGACUACUACUAUUGAUGUCCAUAUGAUUGAUCGUAGGGCACCGUUUAUUAAAAAAUAUUUAGAAAAUUCAAAAAAUUCAGAAGAAUCAAAUAAUUCACUCUUUAAGGAUUCAUAUCUUUUUAAAAGUGUAAGAGAUCAAAACUGGGAGUGUAAAUUUGAAAAUGAAAAUAAGGAUGUAUGUAAAUUAAAAAAUUUUAAUGACAAAAUAGAUCUCAAUCAAUAUACUACAUUUAAAGUAUUGCUAAUAUAUUGGUUAGAAGAUUUUAUAGAAGGUUAUUAUAUAUUGAAAAAAAGAAAAGUAUUCGAACAAUGUAAAGAAAAUGGAGAAAAUACAUGUAGUGAAGAAUCUAAAAACUAUUGUGCAUGUGUGAAAGUAUGGUUAGAAAAAAAGAAAAAUGAAUGGGAUCAAAUAAAAAAACAUUUUAAAGAUCGAAAAUCGGAUGAUGGUGAUACUGUUGUGUCUAAAGUUAGAAAUUUCUUGGAGACCUUGAUACCUCGAAUUGCUCCUAAAAAAAAUAAUGGAGAAGUUACAGAAUUAAGUGAUUUAGAAAAGUCACUUGGAUGUAAUUGCGCUGGGAGAGCAGAAAAUAGUAAAGAAGAUGAAAAAGAAGAUGUUGUUCUAUGUUUGCUCACAAAGCUUGAAGAUAAAGCAAACAAGUGUAAAGAAGACCAAAAACCUAAUGGCGAAAACCAAGCACAAACGUGUGAAAAAUCCGCCCCCGUUGAAGACGAAGACGAUGAACCCCUUGAAGAGGAAAACCCAGUUACACAACCGAACAUUUGUCCGAAAGUGGAAACAACAGAAGAAACAGUGGAUGAAGGCAAGUGUGAAGAAGACACAGUCACUCCUAGUCUUGGACCCAAAGAUGAUAGUGAAAAAGAUGAAAAAAAAGAGGAAAAUAGUGAAGACACAACGGCAGCAGAAGGAGAAGAAAAUGGUGCUCCUGGAUCUAGUGGCACACCUCCACCUCCCCCUGCGGCGCCUCCAUCAACCCCAGCAAAAACAAAAGAAAGCAAAAAACCAAAAUCAACAAAAAAACCUCGAAUCAAAACCCUUAAUGUAUUGGACCACCCCGCUGUCAUACCCGCCCUCAUGUCUUCUACCAUCAUGUGGAGUAUUGGUAUUGGUUUUGCUACAUUCACUUAUUUUUAUCUAAAGAAAAAAACCAAAUCAUCUGUUCGAAAUUUAUUCCAAAUACUGCAAAUACCUAAAGGUGAUUAUGAUAUACCGACAAAACUUUCACCCAAUAGAUAUAUACCUUAUACUAGUGGUAAAUACAGAGGCAAACGGUACAUUUACCUUGAAGGAGAUAGUGGAACAGAUAGUGGUUACACCGAUCAUUAUAGUGAUAUAACUUCCUCAGAAAGUGAGUAUGAAGAGAUGGAUAUUAAUGAUAUAUAUGUACCAGGUAGUCCUAAAUAUAAAACAUUGAUCGAAGUGGUACUUGAACCAUCAAAAAGUAAUGGUAACACACUAGGUGAUGAUAUGGUACCUACCACUAAUACAUUUACAGAUGAGGAAUGGAAUGAACUAAAACAUGAUUUUAUAUCUAAUAUGUUACAAAAUCAACCAAAUGAUUAUAAAAGUGAAGAUAUUCCAUUGAAUACACAACCGAAUACUUUAUAUUUUAAUAAACCUGAGGAAAAACCUUUUAUUACUUCUAUUCAUGAUAGAAAUUUAUAUAGUGGAGAAGAAUAUAGUUAUAAUAUUAAUAUGAGUACUAAUAGUAUGGAUGAUAUUCCAAUUAAUCGUGAUAAUAAUGUAUAUUCUGGUAUCGAUUUAAUUAAUGACACAUUAAGUGGUAAUCAACAUAUUGAUAUAUAUGAUGAAGUGCUAAAAAGAAAAGAAAAUGAAUUAUUUGGAACAAAACAUCAUACAAAACGUACGAGUACACAAAACGUCGCCAAACCUGCACGUGACGACCCCAUACACAACCAAUUAGAUUUGUUCCAUAAAUGGUUAGAUAGACAUAGAGACAUGUGCAAAAAGUGGAAUAAUAAGGAGGGAUUAUUAGAUAAAUUAAAAGAAGAAUGGAAUAAAGAUACUAAUAGUGGUAAACUAAGUGACAACAUACAUAGUGAUAAUAAACCUGGUGACAUACCUAGUGAUAAUCAUGUUUUAAAUAGUGAUGUUUCUAUUCAAAUAGAUAUGGGUAAUCCUAAAUAUAUAAAUCAGUUUACAUGUGUGGAUAGUAACCCCAACCUAACCUUACGGUCUAACCCAAACCUUAUGGGAAACCAAAACCCCAACCUCAACCUUGUGGAAAAUAACAUCAACCCAAACCACCAAAACCAAAACCAAGUGGGUGACACUAAUUUUGUGGAUACCCCCACCAACCCCACCAAUGUACAAAUUGAAAUGGAUGUAAAUACCAAAUUGGUGAAAGAGAAAUAUCCUAUAGGAGAUGUGUGGGAUAUAUAA